AUGUGGAACAGAAGGCAGGAUGGAUGCACCUUGUGUUACGGCACCCUGUGUUACGGCACCCUGUGUUACGGCACCCUGUGUUACGGCACCCUGUGUUACUGCACGCUGUGUUACGGCACCCUGUGUUACUGCACCCUGUGUUACGGCACCUUGUGUUACGGCACCCUGUGUUACAGCACCCUGUGUUACUGCACCCUGUGUUACUGCACCCUGUGUUACUGCACCUUGUGUUACGGCACCCUGUGUUACUGCACCUUGUGUAACGGCACCUUGUGUUACAGCACCCUGUGUUACUGCACCUUGUGUUAUGGCACCUUGUGUAACGGCACCUUGUGUUACAGCACCCUGUGUUACUGCAUCCUGUGUUACUGCACCUUAUGUUAUGGCACCUUGUGUUACGGCACCCUGUGUUACGGCACCCUGUGUUACUGCACCCUGUGUUACGGCACCCUGUGUUACUGCACCCUGUGUUACUGCACCUUGUGUAACGGCACCUUGUGUUACAGCACCCUGUGUUACUGCACCCUGUGUUACGGCACCCUGUGUUACUGCACCUUGUGUUACGGCACCCUGUGUUACUGCACCUUGUGUAACGGCACCUUGUGUUACAGCACCCUGUGUUACUGCACCCUGUGUUACUGCACCUUGUGUUAUGGCACCUUGUGUAACGGCACCUUGUGUUACAGCACCCUGUGUUACGGCACCUUGUGUUACUGCACCCUGUGUUACUGCACCCUGUGUUACGGCACCCUGUGUUACUGCACCUUGUGUUACUGCACCCUGUGUUACUGCACCCUGUGUUACUGCACCCUGUGUUACGGCACCCUGUGUUACGUCACCCUGUGUUACGGCACCCUGUGUUACUGCACCUUGUGUUACUGCACCUUGUGUUACUGCACCCUGUGUUACGGCACCCUGUGUUACGGCACCCUGUGUUACGGCACCUUGUGUUACUGCACCUUGUGUUACUGCACCUUGUGUUACUGCACCCUGUGUUACUGCACCCUGUGUUACUGCACCCUGUGUUACGGCACCUUGUGUUACUGCACCUUGUGUUACUGCACCUUGUGUUACGGCACCCUGUGUUACGUCACCCUGUGUUACGGCACCUUGUGUUACUGCACCUUGUGUUACUGCACCUUGUGUUACUGCACCUUGUGUUACUGCACCCUGUGUUACGGCACCCUGUGUUACUGCACCUUGUGUUACUGCACCUUGUGUUAUGGCACCCUGUGUUACCAUGCAGAAGUGCAAGGGGCAGCGUUGUUAGGAAGCUAA